AUGAAACCAUUGAUGAACUUCAAAACCAUAAUCAUCACCCUCUUCUACUUUUCCAUCUCCCUCUUUCCCCUUCAAGCCUACGACCCGGUUGACCGUUACACCCUCAAUUGUGGCACAACAGGAAACUCUACCGACGGAGUAAGAACAUUUACAGGAGACACAAACUCAAAACUUUUGUUAUCAUCACAAAACAACAACCCAACAACAAUUUCUGUUACAACAACACCACAAAAACCUUCCAUCAACAAAAUCCCUUAUUCAACAGCUCGUUUAUCACAGUCAAUAUUCAACUACUCUUUCCCAGUUACUAAAGGUCCUAAAUUCCUCCGUCUUCUUUUCUACCCUUCUACCUAUUCCAACGGUUUCAACCGUUACGAUGCUUCCUUCACCGUUAUAUCUAACGGAUUCACACUUCUUAAGGAUUUUAAUGCCUCACUAAACGCUGAUAAUGAAGGUGUUGAUACUAUAUUCAACGAAUAUGUUAUCAACGUUGGUGAUGAUCAAAGGCUUGAUUUGAGUUUUAUUCCAAGUAGUGGAAAUUCUAAUAACUAUGUUUUCAUUAAUGGAAUUGAAGUCUUAUCCAUGCCUGAUGAUCUCUAUUAUACACCAACCACUGACCCUGGUUUUUCACUUGUGGGGUCCACUAUCAUACCAGCAUAUAGUAUUUCAACCAACGUUGCGCUACAGACAGAAUACAGGAUCAAAGCUGGAUUGCUAACAAACUCACUAAAUAUUCUAGACAUAGGCAUGCUGAGAAACUGGAACGAAAACGACGACGACUAUUUAAGAACACCAACAUCAUUCGAUUUUAUCUCUGAAGACACAUCAGGUAGAAUGAACAUCACAGUAACUCCCGAUUACAUGGCACCCAAAGACGUCUACAGAUCAUCACGUGAUUUGGGCACCAAUGCCACUCUCAAUAAACUCUUAAACCUAACUUGGGAAUUUCCUGUUGAUUCCGGCUUCUAUUACAUGAUCAGGCUCCACUUUUGUGAACUCGACCCCAGCAUAACUACCGUAGGCGAUAGAGUCUUCAUCGUCUAUUUACAAGGAAACGUGGCGGAGGAUCAGGCUGAUGUUAUGAAAUGGACCCUAAAUCAAAGAGGUCUUGCUGUGCAUAGAAACUACGCCGUUUCCGUUCCGAAGAGUAAUAAUAGCAAGAAAGUUAAGCUGUCUAUUCAAAUGCAUCCGUAUGGUGAUGGUAGAAUCUCCCGAUACAGUGACCCGUUUUUAAACGGACUUGAAAUUUUCAAAAUCAGUAACAUCGGUUUGAAGAAUCUAGCUGGACCCAACCCGGAUCCGGUUCAAAAUCCGAAUAAAUUUCAAGAGAAAAAAACCAUAAGUGGAACGACAAUAUCCCACGUCUUUUUGGGAGUUGUAUUCGGUGUCGUUUUUCUUUCUUUUGUUGUUUUAUUUUAUUUUAUGCAAAAAAGAGAAACCAAAGCGAAAAAGGCUACAACCAACACUCAAAUUUCACCCCUACCUUCAGGACUCUGCCGCAGGUUUUCCCUCCGCCAGAUACGCGCCGCGACGAACAACUUCGAUGAACUCUUCAUCAUCGGCGUAGGAGGAUUCGGCCACGUGUACAAAGGCUACAUCGACAACGGUUUAACACCGGUCGCAAUCAAAAGACUCAAACCGGGUUCACAGCAAGGAGAAAACGAGUUCCUCAACGAGAUCGACUUGCUCUCAAACCUCCGACAUGUUCACCUUGUUUCUUUAAUUGGUUACUGCAACGAUAACAACGAAAUGAUAAUCGUCUACGAUUUCAUGACGCGUGGAACUUUACAAGAUCAUCUAUACAACACAGAUAAUCCAGUAUUAUCAUGGAAACAGCGGUUGAAGAUUUCAAUAGGUGCGGCGCGUGGUUUACACUACCUUCAUACAGGUGCGAAACGAACGAUCAUUCACCGUGACAUGAAAACGACAAAUAUUCUAUUGGAUGAGAAAUGGAUAGCGAAGGUUUCUGAUUUUGGGCUUUCUCGAAUUGGGCCUACAGGUAUAUCAAAGUCCUAUGUUAGCACUGUUGUUAAAGGUAGCAUUGGUUAUUUAGAUCCUGAGUAUUACAAACGACUGCGUUUAACUGAGAAAUCUGACGUGUACUCUUUUGGGGUUGUUUUAUUUGAGAUACUCUGCGCACGGCCACCUCUGAUUAGAACCGCCGAGAAAAAUCAGGUGUCACUUGCAGAUUGGGGGAAAAAUUGUUAUAAAGAUGGGACCCUCGAGAGUAUCGUGGACCCUUCUAUUAAAGGGAGUAUAGCGUCUGAGUGUUUGAAAAAAUUCAGUGAAAUUGCGGUUAGUUGUUUGUUAGACGAUGGAAGGAUGAGACCGUCGAUGAACGACGUCGUUGGGACGUUGGAGUUUGCGUUGCAGUUACAAGAGACUGCGGAACAACGUGAACAUGUUGCUGUUGAGAAUGAUGACGUGGAAGUUGGUCGGAAAAAAGACGAGGAUGAUGUGUUUAGUGUUAGGAGUGCAACCUAUUCGGGAAAUGUUUCGAAUUUUAAUAGUAAGAGUGUUGCAGUUAGUUUAGAAUGGAGACAGUGUUUGCUUUAG